AACCUUCUUUCAUUUCUGGUAUAAAAUGCAAAAUCACCUUCUCCUACUGAUCCUCAUUAAGAUAUCGAUCGAUCACCCUCUUUCAUAAUAUUCCCAGCUGGUCCCCCAAAAAUCAAUCAAAUGGCGGCGAAACGAUUUUUUGAUGAUUCUGAUCAAGACAACAAUAAUAAGCCACCAGGCGAUAAACGGAUGAGAACUACACCAAGACCUUCUUUUGCUUCGGUAAUAGGAGAAGUGGUGAUGGUGAAAAACUUGCAGAACCUUUUCUCAGGCUUGGAGCCCUUGCUUAGAAGAGUGGUGAAUGAAGAGAUGGAGAGAGUGAUGAGGCAUUUUAGUGUGCCACGUUCAAUAUUAAGUAGGUCCCCUUCGUUGAGGAUAGAAGCAGCAUCAAUGGAGCAAGAAUCAAAGUAUGAACUGGUGUUCAGCAAGAAGCUAUCGGUCCCUAUAUUCACGGGAAGCAGAAUAGUGGACAUAGAUGGGAAUUCCAUCCACGUGAUUCUGGUUGACAAAAGUGGCGGUGAAGUAGUAGCGGUUCCCACUAGUCUGGGCCACCCGAUAAAGCUAGAGAUAGUGGUGCUUGAUGGGGAUUUUCCAGCUCCCAACAACAACAAGGAAGAAUAUUCAUGGACGAGUGAGGAGUUCAACAACCACAUAGUGAAGGAGAGAACUGGGAAGAGGCCAUUGCUCACUGGAGAAUUGAAUCUCACCAUGAGAGAUGGGAUUGCACUAAUUGAAGAGAUUGAGUUCACUGAUAACUCUAGUUGGAUACGAAGCAGGAAGUUCAGAGUUGCAGUUAGGGUGGCUCCUGGGAGUAAUCAAACUGUUCGAAUUCGUGAAGGAAUCACUGAGCCAUUUGUUGUUAAGGAUCACCGUGGUGAAUUGUACAAGAAACAUCACCCACCUAUGCUCAACGACGAAGUGUGGCGCCUAGAGAAGAUUGGUAAAGACGGAGCUUUCCACAAAAAAUUGUCCAAAGAGGGGAUAAACAGCGUUCAAGACUUCCUCAAGUUAUACUUUGUUGAUUUCCAUAGGCUCAAAAAGAUUUUGGGCGUUGGGAUGUCAGAUAAAAUGUGGGAUGUGACAAUCAAGCAUGCAAAGACUUGCGAGAAGGGCAACAAAUACUACGCGUACCGUGGGCAUAAUUUUACCGUCUUUCUGAAUUCCAUAUGCCAGUUGGUUAGAGCUGAUAUCAACGGCCAAACUUUUCCUGGCAGAGAGCUAAGCAACAUGACUAGGAGCUAUAUGGAAAAAUUGGUGAGAGAAGCAUAUGCUAGAUGGAAUGACUUGGAAGAAAUUGAUGCGGCUCUGUUAACCCAAGGUGAAACCUUGGAGGAAUUUCCAAACAAUCAUCAGGCAUCACUAAUAGCAUAUGAUCAGAAUGACUACUUUGGUGAUAAAUCUGCCGAAGUUGGUAACUAUGUACCAACCCAUAAUGCACAAAUGGGAUGCAGCGACUGGCAAGUGAAUGGAACAUUUGGCACAACAUCAUUCGUGAAUGGCGGCAUACCUUACAGCUUCUCAGAUUCACAAUCGGACAGUGACAUAACCCCCUCAGUUGAUGCUGCCGCAAGGUGGCAUUAGGAAAAUUAUUUAGUACUUUGACUUUCAGCUGUAAAUACGAAUUAACAGUUGAAGAAUCAAAUUAGGUUCAGUGACUUAGUGUGUGAAGUCUUGUUGGCCCAUUACAUAAACUGUGUCCAGCCUGCCUUGGCUUAUAUUGGGCUUUCUUUUCUUUCUGGUUAGGCGUAGUUUAUUAUGAGGCCCAUUUCAAGGAUAUGUGCAAAGAUGAGGCCUGGCUCUUCUGCAAAAUAUGCAACCUGCCUUUGCUGGGCUAAUGUUGCUAUGUUUUAUAAUUUCAGCUAUCACGAAACAGAAUGAUGCUUUAUAAAUAGUGAUAAGAUAAAUGAUGCAAUCCUUUGAUUAUACUGUAUGCAUUUUUUGUUUAUGAUUUGAUUUAA